AUGGCCCGCUCUAUGAGCUUUCUCCCUGUGGUGCUGCUGGCGCUGGGCGCCUGGAUGUUGAGCUCCUUGAUGCCGAGCCAAAGCGGCUUUGUGAACUCGGCCACCCCCAGGGCUGGCAGCAAGAUGGCCAUGCGGGGCUUCAAGGACGACUUCUAUGCCUGGAAGGACACCUUGAGCAAGGAUGAUCAGGAGAUGCUGAGCGAGUUGGCCAAGGUGCCAGCGGUCAUCGAAGGCGAGUUCAAACACAACUGGGGCACUGCGGAGACGCUCUACAAGUCAGAGGCCAUUGAUUCCUUUGGCAGCAAGUACUUGUUGGGCAUUUUUGAGAAGGAGGAAGAUGCUAAGAAAGCCUUCGAUGUGUGGAACAAGGAGUACGAGCAGGCUAAAUUUCCUGGAAUCCAAAGGUCUUUGAGAACAGGUGGAUCAAUCUUGAUGAAGCCAAUUGGAGGCAGGCAAAGAUGUGAAAGAGAACCUGAAGAGCUGGGCCAAGGGCCAAGAGGCUGAGCUGGCAGAGGAGCAGGAUUCUGUGGAUCGCAUCCGAAAGGCCCUCGAGGAAGCACAGCGCUGAGCCGCUGAGCUAUGGAAAAGAGAUGAAAGAGCAUCUCUAGAGCCAAAGAAAUGGGCCUCGAAGGUGAACCAAUAGUCUCGAUAUCCAUGGAUGCUUGGGUCAUCUUGGGUCUCAUGACCCCAAUGAGGAAUAAUAAUAGUAUGGUCUUAUGACCUGUUGCAGGUUGGGAUUUGCCUCGCAACUCCCAGAUUUUUUCACGCCUUCUCCUAUUCCUGCCACGGGGCAGGCCUUUGGUCUUGCAAAAGCUGGGAAA